GCCACCAUUGCCGAUGUCAAAGCGUGGAUUGACGCUGUUGCCAGCAUCGACGAGUUGAAUGCGAUCCAGUGUUUAAAGAACGGAAUGGAUUUGUUUGAUAAGCUGGUGACAGAACGUGGGUUCCCUACAAAGAAGGCCCAAACCGAUUAUGCUCGGAAACUGUAUGAGAUGCUCCAGAAUGUGCAAGCGACGCUGGAGGAUCUUCUAGGAUUCUUCGAGGUGCACAGGUUCUUGACAGGACAAAUGAACCGCGCCGAGAUGGCCAAGUUUCUUGAG